CCCGGAAGCGGAGCAGGUCUGCAGAGGAGGAGGAAAAAGAGAAAACAAAUAGGAUUUCCUCCCCCCCUUCACCGUCCAAGGAAGACAAUGGAGAAGGCCGCCAGAAAUCUGGGGAGGCAUUUCAAUGCAAAUAAUGAAGAAGCCAUUAAAAAAACAUUCAAAUGCAUGGAGUGCGGAAAGAGAUUCAGUCAGAGUGGAAUACUUAGAAACCAUCAACGGACUCACACAGGGGAGAAACCAUUUAAAUGUCUGGAGUGUGGAAAGAGCUUCACUACUAUUGGAAACCUUAAAAACCAUCAACGAACUCACACAGGGGAGAAACCAUUUAAGUGCAUGGAGUGUGGAAAGAGCUUCAGUCAGAGUGGACACCUUAGAAACCAUCAACGGACUCACACGGGGGAGAAACCAUUUAAAUGUAUGGAAUGUGGGAAGAGAUUCAGUCAGAGUUUGGGGACUCGGUCUCUAAAAGGUUCACCAUCACUGCCCUCGGAUCAUGUCCAGUUGCAAAGGUGGAGGGGGGCUUUCCACCCUCAGGGCCCAGAGGGGGCUCCUGCCUUGGGGCAGCUGGUGGAGUUGGAGGAAGUUGACCCUUAG